CGGGCCGAGAGAUCAAUAUCAGAGAGCCGACCCCGACGGUUGCAACAACAAACGGUGUGACCAGUCAAUUGCUGAACCCAGCCCUACUAGUAUACAACAAACUCCUGCGACCCUUCUCCCUCGCGUCGCCGUCUUGUUGUUUUUUGUUUCCUGUCGCUGUCCGCACCCGCGCCCAUCUCGCUCGCUCUCCCCCUCCGCCGGUUCGAAGGCUGGUCCUCGUCCGCUUUGUUUACUUUUUCCACCACCGGCCAUGAGCUUAUACCGCGACUCCCUACCAAGUGUCUGAGAUCCUCCCAAUGGUCGUUGUUACUCCGGCCAUAGCCGCCCUUACCGGCGAGCUAACUCUCUUCCACACCACCGACCCACUUCUCUCCAAUUCGCCCAUCCUCGUCUUUUACGGUCCUGCCCCCUCCAUCUCUGCUGCCACCUCGCGCAUCCAGAUCCACGUCUUUACUCCUGCCGGCUUCGAAUCCUAUCCCCGCGUCAGCAUCUCGCCCAAUGCUCCCUACUACGCUGCCGUCAAUUCUCUCCCGCGAGAAGAACAGGGCGAUGAGGUCUGCCGUGGACUAGCUUUCGGGCUGUCAAAGUACUUUGCAGAAGUCCCUAGACCCUCGAGAGAUGCCUGGGUCGCCCAAGCAUGCCCCUCUAAGAAGGCCGCUUCUGCCUUUGCGCUCUUCAGCGACGCCCACGUUGCUAUUCUGGCCACACGCAUGAACAAGGUCGAUAACCUUGACGAGAUUAUCAACGACAUACAACGCUCUCUCAGUGAGCAAACUGUAUCAUGGCUAGAUCUGGAUGUUGUCUUGCCUCCUGGUUCCAUCGAGCCCGUCAAGCUGGAAGAUGAAGAGCCCGAGCAAGAGAACGUUGACGAAGAAGAGCUGUGUGCACGCCGAUAUGGAGACUAUGCUCCGUUCAUCAAGUUGUUGGGCGAGCCUGCCUUUCUGCCCACCUCCAAGCUGCGCAGAGCUCCAUCCAAGCCCACUGCCAUUGGCCGUAGUCAGGCCUUUCUCAGAGAUCAGCGAGAGGUCACGAGGAAGGAGAUGAGCGAGCUUGUCGACACCGAGUCCAACUACAUCAAUAAGUUGACUUUGCUCGUUACCGACAUUGCUUCCGACUUGCGCCAAAUCGUCCACAACGAUGCUAUUCCCGUCUCGAAUCCCAUGGAGCGCACGAUUAAUGAUCUGUUUCCUCCCUUUCUCGACAAGAUGCUGGAGCUCAACUCUGCCUUUCUCGAAGCCAUUCGCCAAGUUCUGGAUGAUACUGAGGAUUCAACCAUUGUGGAUCUAACAGACACGACCGAAGAGACAUCUCAAGAUGAACCUAUAGAAGACACCAUCGGCCUUACAGAAUUCGCUAAAUGUUUGAUUGAAUGGUUCCCAAAAUUCGCAGAGUGCUACCCUUCAUACAUGCAAGCGCAUUCAAGGUUCCCACGUCUAAUGAGAAGGUUGGCGCGUAUCGGGGAUGCAAGCAUAUUGGACAAGAUCCAGUCAUUUGGAGAGAAGCGUCUAAAUUCUCUACUGAUUGAGCCAGUUCAGCGUCUGCCUCGCUAUACCUUAUACAUUGACAGUAUCGCAAAGCAACUUCCUGUGGCGCAUCCGGCACUAAAACUACUGCUCAAAGCUCGAGACAUAGUUUCGGAAAUUUGCUCGCAAGAUGCACCUGGCGCUCAAGAAACAAAUAUAUGGGAACGCUUGCAACGAAUCGUCAAGUCUUGGCCGGAAGAAAUUGAGUCAGUGGGUCGAUUGAUCACAAUCGUGGAUGUUGUUGAGAUGUUUCCGCCCUUCGAGGAUGGUCACAGUCGUGGAAGUUCAGGAGUGCUCCUUUUAUUUACUGACUGCACUAUCUUCGUCGAGAAGCGAUCUCAGAUGGCCAUGUCCGCGCGUGCGUUAUUAUCAGAACUCGGAAAGCCAUUACUCGAGGACCGCCGUGAUUCGACUCGCCCAAUCACUCCGCCAUCUCUACACUUUGUAGACUCUUUCAGUUUGAAAGACACAACCGUGACAGAGUACCUUGACAAUCGCGCGAUUACCAUCAUGCCACUUUCUCCUGGCCCGGAUCCUGGUAUUGCUUCUGAACAACGUGUUUACUUGCUCGAAGGACCGUACUCUGGAAAGGCCUCGAAGUUCCAAGAAGAGUGGACAAAGGCUCAGGUCGAAGGUCGCUUCACUGAAGAGGAGCGAGAGAGUGGCAAGUGGGAGGUUCGCAGCGCCCAGAUUGCUGGUGGAGAGCUCAAUCUCUUCAACGCCAUUUUCGAAGGUUGCCAACGACAUCACCAGGAGAACCCAUCCGAAUCGGCACGUGUCCGCAUAAUUAUCGAUCCCAGCAAGCAUGAACAUCGCGCCGUUGUUGGCGAAAAUGAGCUAGAGGCCAACGUGUCGCUGGAGAAGACAGAGAAAGGACAAUGGCGCAUUUCAAUCGAGAGCGCCUACUCGAUGGCAACACGCGACAAAGUCGAUGAAGGGGAGUUUCUCUCCAUUCUCAUAAGGCGGCUCAGUGGUCUGUUGACGUCUCGCUUUUCGACCAAGAAUUCUGCCAUCACUUCCUCGUUUGUCCUCCGCAAUCAACAAGUCUUGGAUGACUUGCAUUUGGAGUUUGAAAAGAAAGAGGCUGAAGUAUCAGUCGCACCGGAGCCGACUUCGAGCCAGGAACACCAUCGUCCGAAAUCCCCUGUUAAGAUGAUCUCGAACUUCCUCUCCCAGUCUACACAUGGCCGUCAGACUCCAACUCCUAGGAAACUCCCUCAACCUAAUGCUUUCUCAGAUGCACCGUUACUUCUUCCAGGCAGUAGAGACGGAAGCCGGCCGUCUUCGCGCGACCAGCCGUUGCAGCUAUCUGUGACACCUGAGAGAAACAACAUCGUGCAGAGUCCCACCAAAAGACUCGAAGAUGCUCUCAAUACCUACCUUCUAGCGCUCCUGGCUCGCAAAGGCAAUAUUGUUGGCAAAGUCGUGCAAGGAAGAUCGCGUGCCAACGAGCUCUCUGUCAACGAACUUUACAACUCAUUGCUUGAAGAUCCAAACAUGAUGGUGGUAGCAGCCCAAUCAUCCAUUGAUGUUCUUUUUGCCGCUUUUGAGAAGUUCCUCAACGUCGCUUGGAAGGAAGGUGUUGGUGCGGUGAUGACAGCAACCCAGUUCCAGACCAUUCAGACCAAGGCCGAAAGCUUGUUCCCCGUCGAUUUCGAACGGUACUUCAAGGACAGCUUCCAUAACAUGUCGCCUCCCAAUCAACGAGCAUUGAGAGGGAUUGUAAAACUACUAGCCGAACUAUUGGAUGGUACCGGUAAUGACGGCGAUCGUGGUAUUUUGACGGCAGCAUUUGUCGAGAUAUUGGUGCAUGAUGGUAAUCCAUACGAUUUCGUGUCACUGCUCGAUAGAUUCGUGGAGGAUAUCGAGUCGUUGUUUGGUGAAGUGGUGCAGCCUAGGGAGACACGUCCUACGUUAGGAGGACACGGUCGCUCACGUUCUACAAACACUGCUUCUUUGACCUCCAACACUUCGUCCUUCCGAAAGAAGUUCGGAUUCGGUUCCAGUACUAGUAGACCGGAACAGGACUACAAAGUUUCGGUGUGGCGAACUUUGAGUAAGAGCACAAGACUUCCUGAUCAGCCCUCGAGCUUGUCUAGAGGAACAAUGCAGCGUGCGAAGACUACGGACGGCCACGGUGGUCUACCCGUCAGACCUUUCUCACAGGAGGGCCCAAGCAGGCAACCAUCGCCACAACCUCCGGAGCGACCAAUGUCGCAUGACUCCAUGUGGCACAACAACGGCCCUUCGCUUGGAAGUAUCGGAGAGACACUUAGUCCGCCUAACCCUGCACCUCACCGAAAGAAGCGGCGUAGCUCGCUGUCCGACCUCAAAUCUCUAGAGCUUACUCUGAACGAAUCGCCAUUCAUCUCGCCGUCAGCAAUGCGCUCCUUCGAGGAUUCACCAAAGGAACCAGUAGAGAGAACCAAGUCACCUUCACCCACACUCACCAGAGCUACUGGCAUUCCCAUGCUUGGAUCAACUCUUGGAUCGCCUAUUAGCGAUCGACCCCGUUCACGAUUACCAUCCGCUUUCCGCAAGGAAAACUCGCCAUUAAAUCAACACCAACCUAGCCCGUCACCUUCCUCAACUAGACCUAGGAGUCUGAGCAAGCAACCUGAAGAGUUUGAUGCUAGCCCUGGUCCUCUUGUGCGACGUGGCAGCAAGCAAGUCGGUGAUGUAUCAAAUAGCCCCUACUCGAUCGGUAGACGAGGUUCGAAGCACAUCGAUGAAGCCCUUUAUCCGCUGGCUCGACGAGGCUCGAAACAGGUUGAAGAUGGACACAAUGUUCUCGCACGUCGUGGUUCUAAACAAGUCGAUGAUGGCAGCAUCAGCAACUAUCCAACACUUCGACGCAGUUCAAAUAUACCAUUGCUAUCGUCCAAAGUCGACCGGCCAAAGACACCGUCUACUCCAACAACAGCAAGAGCAGGACUGUCAGAACGCCCUACAGCAGGCAACGCGAUGCGCAUUAAGACAGGUCAAGCAGGCACGCCAGGUAAAGUGACGAUAAAAUCACCACCACCCAGCGGCACGCCUACCAGAAAAUUGCGCAUGCAAUCACCCCAGAAGUUACGCGAACGUCUCCAAGACGAGCACCGUGCCCUAGAUACCGCACAUUCAACCCUUCAAGACGAGCUCGGCCGCAUAGGCGAAGAGAUAACCAUGAAUCGUCACAACAGCGUCCUCCGCAACCACGAUUCUCCUGCUCAAUCCCAAGCACCCAGCCACGACAUCCGCACCCGCCUCUCAGCACUCGAAAUCUCUCUACCGACAUCUGUGGAUGCCGUAGCUGCACGCGUAGCCAAAAUCCACGCCGACGCACUUUCUUCCCUCGCCGUGUCCGAAUCCAAAGCCAAAAAAUUGGAUGAGCUGUACCGUGAAGCCAAUGCUGAGAAUGAAGCUCUGUAUGCACGAUUCAAUGACGAAUUGGCCAGAGUGCUCAAGGCUGUGAGAAGCGGACAAGGUGUUGAUGAGUUGAAGAACAAAGUCCGCGAGUCGCAGGACGAGGCUGGAAGGUUGAGGAGGGAGAAUGCGAGAUUGAAGCGUGAGGUUCUUGGGUUGAGGAGUCAGUUGAAAGAUUGAGGAAUGUAAAAUUUUACUUCACGCUUUAAUCUCAAUCUAGGUCACGAACGAAUCGGAUGACGGAUGAUCGGUGGAUCUGGUAUUGGAAGGAUCUGAUGGGAGGCUACGGAGAAGGCAAGGAUCAGGUACGGGAACAGAAAGGGGUCAGGAUGAGGAAGGAAAGAUGGAUGGGUGGAGAGGAAAGGACGACUGAAAGACCUCUCUUUGGAUCAAGAAAGAACGUGGUCACAGAGCGCGUUCACAACUGCCCUACCUACCAAGGGUGUUGUGUUGUUACCAUUGCAGUGUAUUAGCGGUGGCGUCUCUUCUUCAGGUCGUGUUUUUGUUUUGCUUUACAGCACUCCAGCAUAUUGUAUCUUUGAUUGUUCUGAAAAAGCGUGGUACAUAUUUGACCAAUACAUGUUGACUUUUGUCAUCAGAACUCCCGA